AUCACAGCGCAACAAUGCGCAGCAAGCAUCUUCGCUUACAAAUAUCUACGGAAAUUCCCUCGGGCUAAGCCCCACCCAGAGGAGACACGGUACGGGGGUUGGGGGCCACACUUGCAGACGGCGCGACCCGCUCUGUCGGGGGGACUCCCUCUGCGGCGCAGCGAGCGCCCCCUCGUUUCCGCCCGCGGGUCGCUGGCUAGAGGAGGUGGGGAGAAGCGGGGAGCGCAGCCAAUCCCGGGCGCCCUCCGCCGCUCCUCCCGCCCCGGGCUGCCGGCCCAGCCGCAGCCAGCAGCCGGGCGCCGCCCUCGGCGCGCACUCUCCCCGGGACAGCGGGAGGGACGCGAGGCUCAGGUUGCAGUCGCGCCGACCAUGGACUCCGCGUCGCCCCAGGCCCCCGGCGAGGGCUUGCCCUGGCCUCUGAGUCUCCUGCCCGCGCCUCGGGGGCUGCUGCGGCUGGACCCUACCGGCGGCGCGCUGCUGCUGCUCGGCCUGGCCGCGCUGCUCGGCUGGCGAUGGCUGUGGCGAAGCCGGCCGCUGGACAUCCCCCCUGGGCCCACGCCCUGGCCCAUCGUGGGCAACAUCGGCUUCGUGCUGCUGCCGCCUUGCCUCCGCGGCCGGACUUGGAUACACCGCCAGGCGAGGGCCGCGGGCAUGGACCCCUCCAGCAUGGGCGCGCAGCUGUUCCUGACCGAGCUGGCCCGCGUGUACGGCAACAUCUUCAGCUUCUACAUCGGCCGGCACCUGGUGGUGGUCCUCAACGACUUCCACAGCGUGCGCGAGGCGCUGGUGCAGCAGGCCGAGGUCUUCAGCGACCGCCCGCGGAUGCCGCUCAUCUACCACGUGACCAAGGAGAGGGGGAUUGUAUUCGCACAUUAUGGUCCAGUCUGGAGACAACAGAGAAAGUUCUCUCAUGCAACUCUUCGUCAUUUUGGUUUAGGAAAGCUUAGCUUGGAGCCCAGGAUUAUUAAGGAGUUCAAAUAUGUGAAAGAGGAAAUGCAAAAGCAUGGGGAAGACCCCUUCGAUCCUUUCCCCAUUGUCAACAACGCCAUCUCGAACAUCAUCUGCUCCAUGUGCUUUGGCCAGCGCUUUGAGUACACCAAUAAUGAGUUUAAGAAAAUGCUUAAUCAUAUGUCACGAGGGUUAGAAAUCUGUCUGAACAGCCAGCUCCAGCUGGUCAACAUAUGCUCCUGGCUUUAUUACCUUCCCUUUGGACCAUUUAAGGAAUUAAGACAAAUUGAAAAGGAUAUGCUUGCUUUCCUUAGAAAAAUCAUCAAAGACCAUCAGGCGUCUCUGGAUGUUGAGAACCCUCAGGACUUUAUCGAUAUGUACCUUCUCCAUGAGAAGGAAGAGAAGAAAAAUGAUAGCAAUAGUAGUUUUAAUGAAGAUUACUUGUUGUAUAUCAUCGGGGAUCUCUUCUUUGCCGGAACAGAUACCACAACUAACUCUGUGCUUUGGUGCCUUCUGUAUAUGUCACUGAACCCUGGCGUACAAGAAAAGGUGUACGAAGAAAUUAAAAGGGUCAUUGGUGCUGACCGAGCCCCUUCCCUCACUGACAAGGCCCAGAUGCCCUACACAGAAGCCACCAUCAUGGAGGUUCAGAGGCUGGCUAUGGUGGUGCCGCUCUCCAUUUUUCAUAGGACCUCGGAGAAAACAGUGCUCCAAGGAUACACUAUUCCCAAAAACACAAUGAUAGUGCCCAACCUGUGGUCAGUGCACAGAGACCCGGCCAUCUGGGAGAAACCUGAUGAUUUCGACCCCAAUCGAUUUCUGGAUGAUCAAGGACAACUUGUUAAAAGAGAAACAUUUAUUCCUUUUGGGAUAGGGAAACGAGUGUGUAUGGGAGAGCAGCUGGCAAAGAUGGAAUUAUUCCUGAUGUUCGUGAGCCUAAUGCAGAGUUUCGCAUUCUCUCUACCUAAGGAUGCCAAGAAGCCCAUCAUGACUGGAAGAUACGGUCUAACUUUAGCCCCAUAUCCAUUUAACGUAGUGGUUUCUAAGAGAUAAAGGCAUCUCCAAGGAGAGAUGGUGAACACAAUGUAAAUACAUAAUCCAAAGUUGAUUUUUCCUUCUGCAGUUCACAGUAGAUCCAGGUUAAACUCAAAUUAGAGAGAUCCUAGAAAGAGGGUAGAGCAUAUGGGAGUUUUCAUCUUGGAGGAUUCCUCAGCAGGAUACUUCAGCCAUUUUAGUAAUGCAUUUCUGUAACUUAAGGGAUGGGACCAAAGUACUGGAUUUGGCAGCAGGAGAUCUGGAUUUUAUUCCCAGUGGCUUACACCAAUGAGCAUUUCUUCUCAUCUCUUAGUGCCUUAGUCAUUUCAUGUGUAAAAAAACUUGGCUAACAAAACUUGGCUUCUGUCUCUCAACACUUAAUGAAGGCCAAAUGCCUCAUGUCUUUUCUGACCUCAUCAAAACACUGAUAAGUUCCGGAGAACAAUUCAGGAGUUAGAGCUUUUUUGACAGAGAUCCCAUGUCAGUUUUGGGUGGCUUGUUUUGUUAUUGUUAAUCUGUCUAUGAUUUUACUUUUUACUUUUUGUAGACAUGGGAGGAAGUGGAUCCUGGGCCAAUAUGUUGAAAAAAGCUUAUUGUCUGAAUUUAUAUGUCUACCUUCUAUUUCAAACAUAUAAAAAAGUGAGCCUGGCUGAAAAAGUAGCUUCAUGGCACAAUUCCCUUCUGCUGAGUUUCCUUACAAAGAUAUAGCUCUACCUUUUGGCUUGAGCCCUGAAUAAUCAGCAGGGGAAUUUUGUACUAGGAUUCAUCAGGAAAGGAUUCAGAUUGUACUGAACUAUUUUUGUCUUAUUCUCCCUGCCACCAAGCCUAAUGUAUCUCAUCCUUGAAUACUCUCAAAGAUAAGAAGUCAUUCUUACUCUCAUUAAGAGAACUAAAUUGUUUCUUAAUAAAGAAGGCCCCUCUAGAAGAGCAGUGCUCAAGAAAGGUAAUGACCUCUUUCAGAGGGUGUUUGGAAAUGUGUGGGUGCACAAUGAUGGGGUGCUACUGGCCUUUUGCUGCCUUGAGGCCAGGAUGCUUAAAAGUCUGAGCAGUUCUGUACAAUGAAGGAUUUUACUGCUGAGUAUGCCAAUAUUUCUCCCAAUGAGAACAUACUCAAAAGAAUGACUAGCCUUUUCCUUUAUUCUCCCAUAGUACUCCCUCCUUAUAUGGAAAUAAUCAUGAUAGUAAUAUGAACAACUUUAUUAUUUAGCCUUUGUUUCUGCUGGCACCAUAUUUAAUGAUUUGCAUAAUUCUUACAGAUACUUUGAUGCCAUUUUGUAGCUGAUGAAGCUGAGGCUUAGAGAUGUUAAGGGACCUAGUUAAAAAGUAGCAUUGUUCAUUUCAAACCUACUAGUCUUUGUGACUGCAGUUGUUUCUAAACCACUUCUCGGGUACUGCCAACUCUUGAUCCCAUAGCAGUGCAUACCUCUGCAUUUUCAAAAUGGCUAAAUGAAAUACAGGUUUAUCUUUUGGUGCCUUGACAAUUUUUGUUAAUCAGAAAACAAACAAACAAACAAAGAAAAACCUAAUGAACUAAAUGGCCAGGAACAAACUGUGAGUAAAUGGAGAGGCUGUUGUAUGGCUUUUAGAUGAGCUGAUACAUGUAUGGAUUUUACUGCACCUUGAGCAGGAAAAUUUGUUCCUGAUCUGGAAUUUCAUAUGCUUUUCAAUUGCACUAAUAACUUGGCAUUAGCAAGUUUAUUAUGCCUUUAUUUCAUACACGCUUAAUUUCAACUUUCCUAACAAAACAGUUUGUAGCUUUUUUGAGAAAAAAAACUGUUCUGUGAGAUUAUGUUGGAGUUAGAUGUUUAUUAAACUCUUAAAUGUAAUGCUUUAAACUAUUGCACUUUAAAAACAUUUAUAUGAUAAAUCACUGAAAGGGCUGUUAAUGCUUUCCUUGUCCAUGCCAACAUUUUACGAUUUUAUACUUUAUGCUUUCUUUCAAAUGUAAAAAUAAUAGUACUUUGUAUUAUGGUAAGUCUGCCUAAUAUCUAGUUUUUAAUUCACAUCUUUAACAUAAUUUUUAUGCUUAUUAAACAUUUUAAUUCUGAUA